CGUGACUUGCGCUUCAGCACGAUCAUUCCCAGCCUUGCCAAAGUACCCAAUACAUGACACGUCUCCAUGCAUGAAUUGCAAACUCAAGCUAAUUUAUGGUUUCUAUCAUCUAUAUAACUAUGAUUCUGUUCACUACGCCGCAACAUGCUCGUGUCCACCUACGCACCACGGCCGAACCACCAGCAUCCGAUCUCUUGCGAUAAUCAUUCGCAACAAUAUGCCUCGUUCUAGACAAUAUUCGCGUCUGACGCGGAUUUUCAGGCACCACUCUACACCUGCCUCGCCUCACCACCCCUCCGACUCACCUCCAGCGCGACCACAUGAAAUGACAGCGAUAGCGCCAAUACUCUUCUCACCUACCACACCCAGGCUUACCGAUACUUGUCCUAUAUGCACCAAUAAACUGAACUCAAAUCCCUCAAACCCGCCGUUCCGCAUUGUCUCUAAGAACUGCAAUCAUGCAUUCUGCGAAAACUGCCUCAUGGAUCUGCUCAAAGGUGGUCACUCGUGGAGCAAUAAAUGCCCAGUCUGUCGAACGACAUGGGUGGAUCCGUCGCGCCCCUCGCGCUACUUAAAUGAGAUCGAGAGUUUUCUAAGAGAAUUAAAUGUCCGGCUUGAUGACAUUCCUUGUUCGGAUGCAGUUGAAGGGCUUUGGAGGAAGGGUGAAUCGAUGCAAGAUGUGCUUACUGUGAUACGACGGAGGAACACUGUAGUUCUUGGAAGAGCGUCAAGAACACAGGAGAGGAUGAAAACGUUGAUUGUGUUCAUCGAGAUCAUACUCGAUUCGUGA